CUGGAAGGGCCCCAUUUGGGAGGGAGCGAGCAGGACGAUAGAGUUGCGACUUGAUGCCCAACUUCCGUCCACUCAGUUCCGAUCGCUGCCGGAGUUGUGGGCGAGACAGGGAAAGGGCGGAGGCGACCGGCCUAAGAGGAGUUUUAUCAAGCUUUCUGUUGCGCUCCCGGCGGAGUAGCAGGAAGGAAGUGGGUAUGUCAGAACACAGCAAGAGUUCCACAAUGGUUGAUGAACCUCACCAGGCUCCAGAAGAAAUCCAGUCUGAUUCUGAGGAGUGCUCAAUGGCUCAGGAGUCCCCCAAAACUUCAGCAGCAGAGAUUUCUGUGACAAGCAAUGGAGAACUGGAAGAUACACAUGAGCACAACUGUAACAGGGAGUUGAAGCGUUCUCUGCCAGCUGGACUUGGCUUGUCAGAAACCCAGAUCACAUCUCAUGGCUUUGACAGUACCAAGGAGGGGACUAUUGAAGUUGGACCUUUUCAAGGUUCCUCAUCAUUACCCAUGUCACCUGUUAUAUCGCCUAGCAGUGCAGCAGCUAGCAGACUGGCUGGACAAGGGGGUGAUUUAGUUAUUCCCAAAGGCAAUCCAAGACUGCAGCAGAAAAGUGGGCCAGUUGUUCUAGCAGAGGAAGUCAGGAAUCCGGCGAUGGAAAAACUGGAGCUUGUAAGAAGAUGGAGCUUAAACACGUACAAGUGUACUCGUCAAAUAAUCUCAGAAAAGCUGGGCCGUGGAUCACGAACUGUAGACCUUGAAUUAGAAGCUCAAAUAGAAAUAUUGAGAGAUAACAAGAAGAAGUAUGAGAAUGUUCUGAAACUGGCACAAACUCUGUCAACUCAACUUUUCCAGAUGGUGCACACUCAAAGACAGCUCGGAGAUGCUUUUGCAGACUUAAGUUUGAAAUCAUUAGAACUCCAUGAGGAAUUUGGAUAUAAUGCGGAUACUCAGAAGCUUCUUGCUAAAAAUGGUGAAACUCUGCUUGGUGCAGUUAAUUUUUUUAUAGCUAGUGUGAACACUUUGGUAAACAAAACUAUUGAGGAUACCUUACUGACGGUGAAGCAGUAUGAAAGUGCCAGGAUUGAAUAUGAUGCUUACCGUACAGAUCUAGAAGAACUGAAUCUUGGCCCUCGUGAUGCUAAUACUUUGCCAAAGAUAGAGCAAUCCCAACAACUCUUCCAAGUACAUAAAGAGAAAUAUGACAAAAUGCGCAAUGAUGUAUCAGUUAAAUUGAAAUUUUUGGAGGAAAAUAAGGUGAAAGUACUGCACAAUCAGCUUGUUCUGUUCCACAAUGCCGUUGCAGCCUAUUUUGCAGGGAAUCAAAAACAGCUUGAACAGACCCUAAAACUAUUCCAUAUCAAAUUGAAAACACCUGGAGUGGAUGCUCCUUCCUGGCUUGAAGAUCAGUAAUCGAACCAAGAACAGGGAUCCAUUGUUCAGCCCAGGAUCAUCUAUAUCUAGGGAAAAUCAAGAAGCUUUUCUAUAAGAACUGUUUGUAGUGAUACUUGCACAAGCAGCUUUAAUUCCUCACCCACCCACCAAUAAUGAAUACUAUAGUAAUUUGGCAGGGCAGAUGGAUGUAACCAAAUUAAUUUAUCAUUUCAGAAUCAAAAUGUUUUGUAUUUAAGGGUGGAUGGUUUUCUGUAGUAGGGAAAUAGAGAUUUGCACUGACAAAAAUAUUUGUGAUCUUUGGUAACUGUGGCAAGUAGGUGAGAAAUUUUCCAAAGGAGAUGCUCAUGAUUUGUAUCAAUAUCUGAUAUUUUAUAUAAAUGUAUUAAACCUCUACAGAUUCUUUUUCAUGUAACUGUGUUCAAAAAGUAUUUUUUUUUAAAAUUAAGGCCUUCAAACAGUUUCAUCCACAAAAUCAGUGACUCGCUGGUAAUGUGGAAUUGCAACAAAUUAUCAUUUUUUUACACUUGGAUCUUUCCAUUGUAUGCUUAAAAAACACUAGAUGUGGAAUUUCCAUUUUGACCCAAAUACAUUUUUAUCAUUAUAAAGGAACCACCUUAAGGAAAGAGUCUUAGUUGUACUACUAUGUUUAACUUCCUAUGAAAUCAUACCUUUACUUGUCUUAAAUUCAAAAGUGCCUUUUGAAACACUGUUUCUACUCUUCUACAUAAAGUAUAAUACCUUUACAAAACCCUUUCUGGAUUUAUGACUUCGUAAAGAGACUAAGGCCAGUCUAGGUUGUGUGCUUCUGUUUGACUCGCAGACCAUGUCACUUGACUAUGACAGAAUCUGUUUUUUAAUCAGUAGCUGUUAAAAGUGUAAGUUAGUUACCUUAUCAUAGCAGUUCAAAAUCAAUUUAGAGCAUCACUGUUUGCACACUUUCUACUGCUUUUUCUGUUUAUAUAAAUGAAGUACUUAAAGUAACUUAUCUCAGCUUAAAUGAAUUGUAUAAUUAUGUAUUAUAUGUAGAAACAGAUUCAGUUGCAUCUUUAAAUGGUUUUGUUUCAGUCUUAAAGUAAAAUGUUUAUCAAAUAUACCUUAAAUCAUUCCUGAUUUAAUUCUUGUCCAUGUUUUUGUUGCUGGGUUCUCUCUUGAAGUAAAGGUGGUUGCUGUUCCCCAGAGUGUAUUUUAUUAGUAGUACAUAUUCAUACUAACAGAAUAAGCCCAAUACGUAUAUACCUAGAAGUAGUGUCCAUCUAGGGUCUUGCCUAAAAUAAACAAAAAUAGCGUUGCAGUCUUUUCCAUUUACUUCAUUGGAGUUUGCAUUUAAAAUCUGUUUCUUGUGACUAGCGAUUAAAUGCUUUUAUUUUCAUUAACCCUAA